AUGAGUUCUUCAAAGAGUCAGAAGACAACAUCAUCGCAAGCUAGCGAGGAUGGACAACAAACCAUUAAUGAAAGGUCUGUGGCUGCGAGGUUAAGGUGGGAGAAGAAAAGGCAGAGUGACAGGGAAAAACAGGAGCAGUUGGAGCGCGAAGCAAUGUUGAAGUUUGAACAACAACUACAGGCGGAGGAUAUUAGGCGGGAAAGAGAACAGUUCAUAGCAGAUAGGAUAAAGAUGCGGAGAGUGGAGGGUCAACGUCGGCGUCGUUUGAAAGAGGAGGAAAAAAAACAUGAAAGAAAACGUCAAGAAUUAUUAAAUAUUCGCAGUGCAGGGUCUGGGCAAGCAAUAAAACAACAUGAGGGUGAGCAUAUCAAUAGUCUAUUAGAUGCCUCGACAUUUGCUGUUUGUGGUGGAGAAGUUAAUUUGGGAGGAAAGUCUCAGCGUAGAGAACAGUUAAUGCGUCAACAAACUCAAAGCAAUGAUAUUGUACUAGACGAUAAAGAAUAUAGACAACGUGUACUUGACGAAAAGCAAAGACAAACUCAGGUGAACAGUGAAUCUGAAAAUGUAGUUCCAGUUUAUUUGGCUAGGAAAUAUAAGAAGUAUAAUGAUCGGAGAAAGGACGAGAGAGCAUCCAAAAAGGAACCAGUGCAGAAAGUUAAAAGCACUAAACAAGUAUCCGCGACACGAUUUGCAGCUCAGAAAGCGCGGUGA